GUCCGUUAUCACGGCUUCCUAUAAGAGGUGUGAGUGGGUACGAGGUUAGGCCAGACAGCCAAGCAGCGACGCCUGAAAGAAGAGGACACACGUGACACAAAGAAGAUGAAGGUGUUUCUACUGUUGGCAUCCCUGGUUGUGGGACUCAGGGCUCAGUCUUGUAGUUACAGCAGUGUGUGCUCCGACCACACCAUGUGCAAGUACCAGGGCUACGGUUCGAAAUGUGGUCAGCCUAUACACUCUGGAGUAACAAGUAACAGUGACAAGCAGAAAAUUGUCGAUGCGCACAACAAUCUGCGCAGGAAAGUGGCCAAGGGACAGGAAACUCAAGGAAAACCGGGCCCGCAACCUUCUGCAGCCAACAUGAAGAAGAUUUCAUGGGACAACGAACUGGCAACAGUGGCCCAGCGGUGGGCAGAUCAAUGCAGCUUCGGACACGAUGCCUGCAGGAAUGUUGGGAGGUUCUAUGUAGGCCAAAACGUGUACCAAUCGUCAACAAAGGGUUCUAGUCCAAACGGGCAACAGGACUGGCAGUCUGCUGUACAGGCCUGGUAUAACGAGGUGAAGGACUUCAGCAAAAACAGUGUCAGUCCCUUCAAGUACAGCUCAGGCGCGGGCCACUACAGCCAGGUGGUGUGGGCCACUUCAGACAAAAUCGGCUGUGGAUUCACGGCCUACGCGGGUUCCGACGGCUGGUACAACAAGAUGUACGUGUGUAACUACGGCCCGGGUGGGAACGUCAUAGGGGGCUCCAGCAGCAUGUACACCAUUGGGGGCGCCUGUUCCAAAUGCUCUGGCAACUGUGACAACGGCCUUUGUAAGAUGCUCGGCUUCUUUCUCCUGGCGGGUCUGAUUGCGGCCAGCAGCGCCGACAGCGCCGACAGCGCCUGCGCUUACAGGUCCGUCUGCGCUGACCACACCAUGUGCAGAUUUAAUUCGAGCCUUGGAGCAAACUGUCUCUCACCUACGUUCUCAGGAGUAACGACUGAUGCUGACAAACAGACGAUAGUUGAUGCGCAUAACAACCUGCGCAGAAAACUGGCUAAGGGACAGGAAACUCGAGGAAACCCUGGGCCUCAGCCUCCUGCAGCCAACAUGAAGAAAAUGACAUGGGACGAUGAACUGGCCGAAGUGGCGCAGCGGUGGGCGAACCAGUGCACGUUCCAGCAUGACACAUGCAGAAGCGUCAGCAGAUUUUACGUAGGCCAAAACCUGUACAUUACGUACUCAAUGGGAGCCGCUAAGAACGGAAAUGAAGACUGGAAUUCAGCUGUACAGGCCUGGUAUGACGAGGUGAAGGACUUCAGCAAGGACAGUGUCAGUCCCUUCAAGUUCAGCUCAGGCACGGGCCACUACAGCCAGGCAGUGUGGGCCGAUACAGAUAAAGUCGGCUGUGGAUUCACGGCCUUCACAGAUUCUGACGGCUGGUACAGCAAGCUGUACGCCUGUAACUACGGUCCUGGAGGGAACAUCGUAGGGGGCUCCAGCAGUGUGUACACCAUUGGGGAAGCCUGUUCAAAAUGCUCUGGCUCCUGUGACGACGGCCUUUGUGUGUAACGGCAGGUUUCCUAACAAUUAAAUAAAUGUCUGAAUUUAUAAA